UCAUUAUGCAAAGUGCAUAGUGGUCUCCAAGGGAGAUCGUCAAUUGCUCCGAAAUUGGAACUUAUUGACUUGGAAUCAAGAAAAAAAAAUUUAUGGUUUCCAAAGAGAAGUGUAUUAUUCGAUCAUUUGUGCAAACUUCUAUUGGACUUUUAACAUCUGUUCAAGGCUAGAUAAAUAGAUCGAUGUCUUCUUUGACUCAGGAAGCACUUUUUGGCAACCGUGGAAUGCAGAAGUCGAGAUAAUUUCCUUACAACUCAUCAACGGGUAAACUUUUAAAACACGGCAUGGCUGCCGUACGAAUCACUCUUUUAUUAUUUUGUUUGAAAUCUGUAUCGUCGCUUCUGGACCAUGGAUCGCAGAAUUUUCUUGGCUAUAACUACUGGAACACUCGAUAUCCCAGCCUGAAUCUUCCCGCUGACUGGGACGGAUUUUGGAAUAGUUACACGGAUGGUCGUAGAAACUACGAAAGAAGGUCUUCUGAUCUUACAUCGCGGUGUUCCGGUUGCCAAUGCUCUCAGUCAAAGCUCGACUGUACUGGAAGCACUUCCAGCUCAUUGACAGUGAGGAUUUACACAGUAACAGAGCUUACAGAAAUGCUACCAGAUACUUUGACAGAAGUGGAAUUUAUAAAGACAUCCUUAUCAAGCAUUGCAGAUGAUGUUUUCCACAACUUGACUGCUCUUGAAAAAUUAAAACUCCCAUACAACAACCUGAAAGAUUUCCCUGAUAUCUCUAAAUGUGCUGCAUUAAAAGAACUAGACUUAUAUAAGAAUUCCAUAAAGCUUUGGCGUCACAAUGUAACAUCCUUACCCAAGACUCUGGAAAGAAUCAUCUUGAUUGAAAAUGAGCUGGACUGGAUUCCAGACAACUGGUUUGAUCUUCCCAACCUUGAGUACAUAGGCCUGAGCCAUAACAAACUCAAGUCUUUCCCUGGAUCAGCAUUUGUAAACAACAUUCUGUUAAGAUAUGUGUCUGUGGACAACAAUCAAAUUGAUCGUAUUUCCUAUCCUAAUCUGGAGCCAUUUUUUCAAAACAGAUCUCAGCUUGUUCAUUUAAACUUAAGCAACAAUGCAAUCGAAUCUAUUGCUUCUGAGGCUUUUUCUCAACUGAUUCAUCUAAAAGUGUUAGAGCUUCACGUAAACAAGAUUGCACUGAUUGGAGCCAAAGUAUUCUACAGGAUGCCUGAACUGCUCCACCUGGAUUUGCGCCACAACAAGCUAUCUACAAUCACUGCCCAAGGAGGUGUAACACCCUUUGAUCAACUGCCAAAGCUUAAAACACUGAUCCUUAUGAAGCAGGAGUCAGGGUUUGAAACCCAGCAUGUGAUGUAUAAUGCAUUCAAGGGUCUUUCCGCACUAGAAGACCUUUGGCUUAAUGACAACAAACUAACAAACUUCCCUCAUCCUGCCCUGUCGCAAGAAGUUAUGCCUUUAAAGUUUCUUCAUUUAGAAAACAACCAGAUCAAUUCUCUGACAAGUUAUGCAGCCACAGACUUCCCUGUGGAUCUGCAGGUCCUACAUGGCGGGUUAAAGGACAGUCACGAACCAUUUUUGAAGCUCUCGUCCCUGCAAAAGCUUUUUGUGCACAACAAUCAAAUCACCUCGAUUGGAGAAAAAGACCUGUGGCACUUGAACACGCUUGUGGAUUUCUAUGCUUCAGUCAAUAGCCUCACCAACGCUACGGUUCACCCAGAAGCAUUCAGAAACCUCACCUCUCUUACAAGGCUGGACAUUGACUAUAAUCAGUUCCACUACGUGCCAACGGCAGUGACUACCAAGUCCCGAAUACCCAAAGUGCAAGUGAUGCAUCUAACAGGCAACAAGAUUACGUUCGUCAAAGCCGGAACCUUUAGUGAGCUUAAUGAAUUGCAGAAUGUGUAUCUAAAGAAUAAUAAAAUUGUUGCUAUAGAAAAUGGAGCUUUUCCUCUCAAUUUACGAGUGAUAGAAAUAGAUGCCAAUAGAUUUACAUUUAUCCACGAAAACCAGUUCACCAAUUUAACUCUUCUGAGGACCUUAAAUUUGGCAAGCAACCAGUUACGAGUUAUCCCUGACACAGCUUUCCACGGUCUGGCAUCUCUGACCUCUCUGGAUCUUAGCAACAACAAGAUCGGACGCAUCGAUAAAAUCGUGCUCAAGGAUCUGGUUAAUCUUAACUCUCUAAUUUUGAAUGAUAAUGAAAUCGCGCAUAUUGAAGAUGGAGCUCUGGCCAUGAACACACACUACAUCAACCUGUUGCUAAAUAACAACCAGCUUACCAUUCUACCUAAUGGCGGGGAUUUCCACAACAAACAAAUAGACAGGCUGGAUCUCAAGAAUAAUCGCCUGACCACGAUUGCUCCAAACACUUUUGUCAACAUAACGUGCAACGGCUUCAGUUGCAACAAGAACCAACUGUCCUACAUUCGAUAUUUCGAUUUCACUAAGAACGACAUCGUAUCCGUCCAAGCAGGAGCCUUUGAUAACUUAGUUGGAACACAGUGUUCAAUAUUAUUUGGUAAUGAUCAAACUGCUGAGCGAAAUCCGCUGAAGACAAUCGAGAGUGACGCAUUCAAGAAAGUCUCUGUUUGCCACAUAGAUUUCUCAUACCUGGAGCUGACCACCAUUGCCACACGGACACUUGUUGAUACAACCACCGGACAAGACAUCCGGUUCCAGUACAACUCCAUCACAAGCAUCGCAGAAAAUGCCUUCCAAAACGUGAAGGUUGGGCAAAUUGGGUCUGGCCUUGCCACGCUGCAUCUCCAGAACAAUAAGAUCCAAGCAAUAACUUCCAAGAUCUUUGGAAACAGCGGUUCUGGGUCAAGUAUCAGAAUAUUAGACUUGUCAUACAACGAGAUACGCACACUCAAAGAGGACGCCUUUGCUGGCCUAAGCAGUUCCUAUAAGGUGAUGUUAAGGAACAACAAGUUGAUCCAGUCACCUCUCAUACCGCUGGCCCAUCUAAACUUAGUUGUCCUGGAUUUGCAGUUCAACCAGAUACCUACGAUCAAUGUUGGGGAGCUAAAUGUGUUUACUGGCCUAAGAGACUUGUUCCUACAGAACAACAACAUCACUGAGUUGGGCAAAGACUUGUUCAAAUACAACACUGUGCUAGGAACCCUGAACAUUGACAACAAUGCAAUUCAAGUUGUCCACGAGGGAGCCUUCAAUGACGCCAGGGACCUAGAUUUUGUGUACUUGAGAAACAAUCAAAUUGUCUUUUGGCCAACCUUGCCAUCCUUACCCCAACUUCAGAGAUUGGAUUUGCGUGAUAACAAGAUUCAAAACAUCGGCCAAGAUGCUUUUGGAAAUCUACCUAGUCUAAACCAACUAUACUUGAGCGGGAGUAAUAACCUUUCCUGUGAUUGUAAUGUGUACAACUCAUUCGUUGCCGUCAUAAAUGCACUGAACGCUGGCCCUGCUGAAUGUAAGAGGCCUCCCCGUGUUGCUGGAGUGACGUUCUUCUCGUCAGGGACGUACAAGACUACUUACAGACAAGAGUUUACAUGCUCUCCGAUUAACAUCGCUGCGAGUGCUCCAGGCGAUUUCCAGCUAAAUGUAACUUGGGACCGACCCAGCGAGCUGUAUCCUCUGCAAAAUACUUCUGGUAAUGCCACCAAUACAUGGGAAGAGACCGAGGUAGUGAAUGUGACAUACACAACAACAUGUGUUAGUGGCAAUGCUCCUACCAUGGUCAAAGAGGACAGCUUAUUGUAUGCUUUGUUUACCAAGUCAUUAUAUUUCCAGUCUGACAAUGUCAAGGCCGGCACAGACUACGUUUGUUAUGUCCAGAUGACAGUCACGGCAUAUAACGGUACAAUAAAGCCCGGCAAGCCCCUCGGGUCGGUGGUGGUCCGGACCACGCCCAAGAGUGAAGAGGCUUCGGUGACCACCUUGGAAGGCAAAGCACCUUCGACCAACACGUCUGCCAACCCUACGAGCUUUUAUUUGAAUGGAACGUUUUAUGAUUUCCGAUACUCCGACGUUGACUUUGUGGGCGUCAGUUAUCGCGAAAUCUACAGUGGCCCCACCUACAUAGCAAGCCCAUAUGGUAGCUGGCUGGCCAUAUCCGCCAAUCCCUUGAUCGACACUUUUUCUAGCUGGUUCAGACCCGAUGCUGUGAGGAAUAAGGGGUACACAGACGCAAUCGAGCUGAAGAAGACUGCUGAGAUAGACGCUAAUGGAAACCCUGUUUACCGUUACUAUAACAGCAAGUUUUUCCCUGUUGAUGGCAAGGGAUUUGGGGCAGAGGGCCAAAGGGACUGUUACACCAACGCUCUCAGAAAUUAUGGGUUUACUACAGUAGUCAGAAGUGCGUUCAACUUCACUGGUCAGGAGCAGUUCGCUUUUGCAGGUGGCGAGGAGCUGUGGGUUGUGGUAAAUGGCAAGGUGGUGGUAGAGAUUUUCCACAAUCCUUCAAACAAGCCGAACCCUUGUCGUACGAUUGAUCUCUCUCCAGCUGCCGCAUCAGAAGGGGGCAUAGUAGUACCACAGCAAGGAACCCUAACUGGAGGGAAGUGCGUCACGACGGGUCCAGUAUCCGCAGAACAGUUCAACAUUACACUAAAGGUUGGCCUGCAGCACCGCAUCGAGCUUUUCCUGGCCGAGCGCUUUAGCUGUGAUUCGGAGUUCUUGUACCAAGCCAGUGGCAUAUCGUUCGUGACGUCACCGUCUGAGGCCCUGCCUCUCGACUAUGUCCUAGAUGUGAGCGAGAGCAUCCAUGUUGGGUCUGUGGUCCAGGAAUUUCUCGUCUCUGAUGCAUUCUCAACUGGGCCAUAUCAAGUGGAAAUAUUAUCUGGAAAUGAGGAACGCAGGUUCACGAUUGAGAAUGGCGGAUAUAGUGCUCCCGCAGCCCCAGUGACGCCAGCUCCACCCACUUUCAUACUGAAUGGGGAGACCGUGUACCUAUGCGCCAAUGCAUCUAAUGCCAGCACGCCAGCUAUCCCUACAGUGGCUCCAGGUAUCGAGACAUUUCCCACGAUGGCUACAUCACACGGAAAGCUAACCUUGAAGGCAGAGCUGGACUAUGAGGCGACCACGGAGUACUUAAUUGUCAUGCGGAUCACAGAUACCGGGAGAGGGACUAGUGGAGAGAUCGCCAUAAAGAUUUUUGUGUUAGACUAUAACGACAACUGUCCUAUCCUGCCGAAAGUGUCAUACACUCUUAAGCCAAUCCCACCGCUACAACCUCAGCCAUUUUUCACCGCACGAGCCACCGACAAGGACACCGGUCUGAAUGGUCACGUGACGUACACGUCAAGUCAGCUGAUUUCUGCUUUCCCCACAAUCGUGAGUAAGAAGUACUACAUGAACAACUACACAGAGAUCGUGUGGUCCAACACAACUACCCAGUGGGAACAGACGUACUACAUAUUCGCUAUCGACGGGGGAACCCCGAGACGAGGCGACAAGAUACCGCUGACUAUCACGUUCAACGCUACGUGCCAUGAGACCGCUGGUAUAUUUGUGAAUGCAGGCUCGGGUGAGGUGUUCUUCCGCGCACCAUCCAUGACCAACUCAGAGUACCCAAAGAACUCGACUGAAAAACCAAUGUGCCGACGAUGCCAGACAGGGUAUUACUGCCCGGGUGACGGAACUGAGACGAAAUGUGCUCUGGGGGUCAACACUACCGAGUACUCAUUUGGCGGAGCCGUCAGGUGCUCGGCUUGUCCAGAGGGAUGGCUGUGCAAAGACGGAUUCGCCCUGCCCUGCCCGCCCAACACCUACGUCAAGUGUAAUAGCACAUGGUGUCCUGAUAACUGCUACCCCUGUGAGAAAGGAACUGUUUGUUUCGAAGGAAAGAAAUACGACUGUACGCCAGGCACAUACAGCGACGGUACAGGGUUUCCCUGUAAGCAGUGCGACCCUGGGAGUUUUAAUAACAAGUCUAAGGCAGACUCCUGUCAGUGUUGCCCGAAUGGCUAUAGUAGCACACAUAUGAAGACAUCAUGUAAGCCGUGCUUGGACAUCGAGUGGACCGACCAUGGUAGCUUCCCUAACUGUACCCUAUGCAAGACGUGUGAUGCCUCGGCGGGCUGUCCAUGUUUGAACAAGCCGUGCUUCCCAGGAGUGAAGUGCCGUAAUACUGGAAGCGGGAGCUUUAAAUGCGAGAGCUGUCCAGAUGGUUAUGAGGGCGAUGGUGUGACGUGUACUGAUAUUAAUGAGUGCUCGCUAGCUUACCCCUGCUACGACAACUCCUCGUGCGUGAAUCUCUCUCCCGGAUACCGAUGCGGAGGCUGCCCUCCUGGUUACCGUGGCAACGCCCCCUCGGGUAUAGGUCUGAGCCACGCCCACUCUAGCAAGCAAGUCUGCACGGAGAUAAACGAGUGUGCCGAGGGUACAGCAUCCUGUGAUCCGAACUCGCAAUGCCUGAACACACCUUUGGGGAGUUACACUUGCGGCUUCUGCAAUCCUGGUUUUAUCGGACAUGGAACCACUGGGUGCUCACCGGGCGACCUUUGUACUAACGGGACACACACAUGUCACGCGGAUGCCACGUGCACUCAGACAGCAGCCGGGAAGUACAAGUGUGUGUGUAAGAACGGCUUUGGUGGUAACGGUGAGGAGUGUAACCCAGACCAGGACUUUGACGCGAUCCCGGAUGUUGGGCUCAGCUGUACGCUCUCAAACUGCCGCAAGGAUAACUGUCCAGUUGUCCCAAAUACCGGACAAGAGGACAACGAUUCGGACACUGAGGGCGACGCUUGUGACGCCGAUGACGACAAUGACCUUAUCCCCGAUAAACAGGAUAACUGCCAGUUCAAGUCCAACCCAGAUCAACAAGACACCGAUGGCGAUGGUGUCGGGGAUGCGUGUGAUAACUGUGUUAAUGAUCCCAAUCCAGACCAGAAGGAUACGGAUGGAGAUGGCCAGGGAAACGCUUGCGAUAAUGAUAGCGACGGUGAUGGUAUUUCUGAUACUAUGGAUAAGUGCAAGUUUCUAAAAGCCGCUAACGACCAGAAUGAUACAGAUAGUGACGGUGUUGGGGACCCGUGUGAUAACUGCAAAAACACGGCAAAUGCUAACCAGCUGGACACAAACCAGAACGGAUACGGUGAUGCGUGUGACGGGCCAGGGAAAGAUAAGGAUGGAGAUGGCGUGCUAAAUGAAUUUGACAACUGUGUCGAUUUACCUAAUGGUGACCAAGCGGACGCAGACGGUGACGGUAUAGGCGACGCAUGUGAUGACGAUGCCGAUGGUGAUGGUGUCCCUAACCUGACUGAUAACUGCAUACUGGUGUCUAACCCUGCCCAGGAACAUGUCCAUCGUACCUACAACGUCAAACCUGAAGCGGUCGGUGAUAAGUGCAUGGCGGACUAUGAUGGGGAUGGCGUUGUUGAUAAUGACGAUGCGUGCCCAAAUGUCAAGCACAUUACCAAGACAAGCUUUCUAGAUCAUUUCCUGGUUGAUCUGUAUCCUGGACAUGGCGAUCCCAUCCCCGAGUGGCAUGUUGCUGUCAAGGGAAUAGACGUGGAGCACGUGUCAAAUAGUAGCCGCCCCGCAAUGCUGAUCGGCGAAACGAGGUACGGUCCUGUGGACUUCAGCGGGACGUUAUACGUGAAGGGAUCAUCUGGCACGGACUAUAUCGGCGUGGUGUUCGGCUAUCAGACCAACCAGAAGUUCUAUGUAGUUAUGUGGAGAAAAGAAAACAUCAAUUUCGCCGCCGCAAAUAUCAAUGUUGGGAUCAAAGGAGUACAGCUCAAACUCGUGGACUCCAACGUCGGCCCCGGACUAGAGCUAGCACAGGCCAUCUGGCACUCAACUGACAAAACAGACAAGACCAAACUCGUUUGGCAAGAUCCCAAGAUGGCUGGCUGGAAGCACGAAACGCCGUAUCAGUUUCACAUAAAGCAUCGACCCUCUAUCGGACUCAUACGAAUUCGGGUUUUCCAGGGAGAAACUGUUCUGACAGAUUCCGGUGAUCUGUACGACACUACCAUCACGGGUGGACGACUUGGUAUGUUUGUAUUUGGCCAGGAAGACGUCAUCUGGUCUCGCCUGGAAGCCAAGUGUGCAGAUAGGGUUAACCAAGCGCUGUAUUUUGAUGGCGUGGGUGACCACGUUGUUUUGCCCUCUUUAAAUACUAUCGGCCUUCCCAACAGCUUCACAAUCAGUUCUUGGGUAAAGAUGGCGUCGAACUAUCCGCUGAGCAGUCAGCCGAUCGUCUGUUCUUUAGACUCCACUCUAUGUCUUUAUCUUGAAAACAGACGUAUCCAUGGCAACCUUGGGUCCGUGAAGGUUGAAGGAACGGAGGUUGUUGAGCCUGAUGAGUGGCAUCAUCUGGCAUUCAGAUAUGAUGCUCAGAGGCACAAACUGGAUCUUUUUGUGAAUGGCUCCUUAGUUGGUAGCAACUCCAAUUUGGCUCCUCCUUCGCUGACACGAAGUAUGAAUCUCUAUCUCGGCCGCGACAGGGACAACUUUAUGAAGGGCACCUUAGACGACACUACCAUCUGGAGGGUCCAGAUUCCGGACAGCGAGCUGUCCGACUACAUGAAGUUGGCCGGUCUGACGUGGCCCAUACAUAAAAAUCUCGUCCUUGCUCACUACUCCAUGGAGGAAUCCUCCCCUUCACUGCUUAUGGACCAGAGCGGACGCAGCAAUAACGGUGACCUGGUCGGCAAGCCUGACUUCGUACCGAGUACUGUUGACAAGAACAGAUUCUUCGUUACAUACCCAAACAACAGGCGUCGAAAACGAAGCGUGUGGGGAGCGUCAGAAGCUGAACAUGCCGAGCUGUGAUUGACAGAUAGAAGACCUAUCCUUCAACAAACAAGAAGAGAGCUCUGUUACCAGAGAUUUAUAGACCGUACACGACACAAAUUAGCUAAUGACUGCUCUUGAAUACAUACUUAUUUUUAAAAGUGGCGAAAUGUCUUUCAUGUUACUGCAAGAAAAAUAGAUUACCGCCUGAUACCUUAAUAAAGAGCACAAACUCGUCGAUUAUACAUUUUUACCUCACUCUUCCAUUCUGCUAUAGAAGGAUACAGUGUGGAGGCAAGCUAUGUGCAUUGUUAUGUGCUGUUUUCUAUUUUGUAUCUCUGGAAAAUAUUUGAUUGAAAACACAAACUUUUUUUCUGAAACUUGCAGAAAUAUGCGAGUGUUGAGUGUUGACGUUAUGUUCUGAUACUGCUGGGAUCUCUUAACCACAGUCUAUAUAAGACUACCAUGCCCUCCCUUGAAAGUCCUUGUUAGCUCAGGUUAGCUGUAAUUGGCUGGUCCAAUUUGUAAAUAGAUUAUAUUUUACUUCUCGUAUUUCUAGAUAAAAUGGGCGCUUUCAAGCGCGCAAAAGGUGUAAAUCUUUGGUAUUUUUUUAUAGGCUAUAUGUAAUAUUUAUUCCAAAAACAACUUUGUAAUAAAUAAAAUUUAUGUGAUCAAUCAA